AGCGGCGGCAGAACACGGAACUCGCCAAAAUUACUUUAUUUUUCAUGAACCAUAAUUUGCUACGCUUGCCGCCCAACAGACGGUUUCGCUUUCUCACCAAGGGAAGAUAUGCUUAACCCUUGAAAUGGGACAAAAAACUUUCAUCCCAUCACAAGCGACGAACGUGGCAAACUGUGGAACGCUUGAUAAUAAUUGUAUCAGCUAAUAAUUGCUCCCAUUUCACCGAGAUAUCACGAUCAUCAUUCAUGUAAUUUUACUGCCCAGCGGGAUGCUACACACAUCUUUGCAAUGGAAACGAAACAACCUCCCAAAAAAAACCGGUCAUUUCUUCAGUUGAAUACGUUCGACAACUUCAUUAUUCCGCUAGCUUCUGGAUGUAAUUUUUGAGGUCAAUGAAUUCGCACGGCAAACUCCUUAUAAAAUGCACCGGAAGAAUGCAGCAACGGUUUAGUGCCAUUCGACGACUACGAUUAGCUGCAACAUGCAACGUACCGUACGAACAUUGGCCACCGUUGUUGGCACACUUUGGAUCAUAUUGUUUCUGCUUCCUUUCGUGCGUACCCAAACGGGAACCAUUUUUAAGUCCACCGAAUUUACAUACGGUUCGUUCGCACCCGAUCAAGCAAUUUGUUACUCGAAUUCUAUCAAUUCGCAAGCCUUUCGUCUAACGCCCGUUACGCGUACCUUUACAUUCACACCAACGGUAAGCUGUUAAACAUCGGUUGACAUGGGAAUGGUAAUUUUUAAAAAUCAACUCCCCCGAAAAACAUUUUCUUCGCAGGCCGCACAAAAGAAUGUACGCUACAUCCGGAUAACGUCUCCCGAUCUGCGUAAGUUCUAUGCACAAAUCGUAAACGGUGGUGUCGGUACGGCCAAUCCUACACCAACAAACAUCGUCGUUUCUUCGGUUCAUGGUGGUUACCUUAAUGUGGCCGUUCGGAUCUACUGUGGUGCAUAGGUAAUUGAAAGACACACAAGCAGUAGCAAGAAGAGCAAUAAUUUGCAUAAUAAAUCAAUAACACAAUCAUCCGCGUGUUGCAUUAUUUCAUUAAAAAUAAACGGUUGAAAACAACGGUUGAUGAUAUAAAAACCCAAUCGGUGCAUUCAUUGCACAUUCACUUGCCCUGCAACCAUGCAGCGAUCGAGCAAAUUAGCUGUUGCAUUUCUGCUUUCCCUUGCAUCCUGCAAAGUUCUGUUGGUUUUCUGUGCUUCGGAUGAUUUCGAUUCUGCCGUAACGUUUGGUACGAAACGCUCCAACUACACGCAGUGCUAUUCUUCAACGGUUAAGGCGAAUAUUUUCAGUUUAGUACCGAUCACAAGGAUCGUUACUUUUACACCGAAGAUGCAAGUGAGAUUUAUAGCGGUUGCAUCCAAAACGCAUGGCAAGUUGUCGGCCCGUAUUGUGCAAGGCGGUGUUAACAUGGUUUCUUUGCGACCGAUCAGUCUUGCCCUUACAUCGGACUACGGUGGACGGCUUCAUGCGGAAGUAAACGCAUACUGUGGCUAGUAGACGCAUUUCGUGGACUUACUCGAAAGGAUAUUAUAUUCUAAAUUAACAGAUUUCACACAAUUCUCUAGCUGAAGCAUAAUUCUGUUUCAACAAAUAAACAAGACAUAUUGCUAGAA